AUGCCCGGGUUUCCGAAAAAUAGUUUCGACCCUAUCUCCGAUCUUGAAGCGAUUAUACACUACAGUCCACGAGACCCUGAUUUGCCCAUGCAGUCACUAGAGGCGGCCGGUUCUACAACGCGCCGAGAGGGCAAUAAGCGCCUUGCCAUUAUCGGCGAUGCCAUUAUAAGACUCAUUCUCUAUGUGCGCGGAUAUGAGAGCAAUGCGUCUACAAUGGAAAUGACGAAUGCCCAGAACACCAAGGCUUGUAAUGCCUAUCUAGCCCAGCGCGGAUUCAGCCUGGGCAUCGAUUCCUGCAUUAGACUGAACCCGUCGGCCCAGGGGGUAAUCCCUAGCCGACUAAUGGCAACCACCAUGGAGGCCAUCGUGGGAGCAGUCUAUUUAGACAGCGGCAAGGAUCUGGCGAUCACGGGCGACGUGGUUGUCCUUUUACUCGACUUGGAUUAG